GCGCGUUCUGCUAGAAUUAGUUAUUACAUAAUUUUUGUUACCACAGCAACGGGUUUGUUUAAAAAUGGACGAUAAAGGAACUUUAAGUGACCUGGACAAAAGAAUUAUAGAAGCUUUUGUGGUAUUUGAUCAUGCAAGCAGCAAUACAGUUGACGUUCGAGAAGUUGGUACAAUUAUACGUUCUCUUGGGUGUUGUCCCAGUGAGGCUGAAAUUCAAGAGAUCCUAGUUGCAGUAGAAGAUGAGGAAACAUCUGGAAGUGUUAGAUUGGACCGAUUUUUAUUGAUAGUAUCACAUAUUAUUCAGGAGAGAAGACUACAACCUGCAUCACCAGAAAAGCUCCUGAAAGCAUUUUUAACACUUGACCGAGAUGGAAAAGGAUAUCUGACCAAAGAGUUUCUCAGCAAAAUUAUGAUGGAGGAAGGAGAGCCAUUUACUCAUGAAGAAUUGGAUGAGAUGAUGGGUGCUGCAAUUGAUGGAGAGACGGGAAACAUUCCAUAUGAGUACUACAUCAAUCAACUCAUGGUAAGAAGUGAGCUGUAAUCUGAAUCACACACUGUUCCCUCAUAAGCAUUUUUAUACCACCCAUAGCAGCACUUUACAAAAAGAAAUUAUAUUGACUUUAAAUAUAGAUAUUUAAUAAUGGUUAUUGUUUUCACUUGCUUUAUGAUAUAAAAAUGAUAAAAAAAUUAUGUAUCUAUACAUACUAGACCAUCGGACAUGAAACAGCACACUCUAUAUGUACAAGUGAGAGUCAGUAAUAGGGCAUAGAUGGAAAUAAAACAGCUGUAAUGGAUGCAAUACAGUUUAUAUUUCUAUCACUAGGUAGCAGCACAGUCUAGCUUCAUAACAGUUUAGGUAGCAAAUGUGCAUGUGCAUAUUCAGAGGCUGGUUUCAGUAGUCAAAAUGGUAUCUGUGCUUAAAGAGUGUACUAACAAAGAGCAGCGUUCUGUUAUGCAUUUUUUUUAUGAGCAAAAGGACUCAAUGCAAAUGAUAUUCAUAAUGAAAUGUUUCCUGUUUAUGGUGGAAAGUGGUUUGCAACUGGUUGGAAAACAUCUUGCUAAUGAUGAACAAGCUGAAAUGGAGGUGCAGAAGUGGCUGAGAAACAGUCAAGACUUCUAUGAUGUGGGUUUUGAUGCACUGGUAAAGCAAUGGGACAAGUGUACUAAGGUUGGUGGAGGACACGUCAAGAAAUAAAUGUCUUUUCCAGAUUCGAAUAUCACACGUUUUACAUCUUAUAUCCAUUUAUGACUUACUUACUGACACUCCCUUGUACUAAAAAAUAAAAUUUUAUACUACAAAAUUUAGCCAAAAGCAGCAUGAAAUAG